AUGGAACCAAACCCAUCUCAAACUCCCGCCGUGGCAGCCGAUGCGAAGCUCCCGUGGCGGGGACAGUCUCUCGUCAAGAAGGCCGCGGCGGCUGCUGUCAUCGUCGCCUUCGCGCCGGUCGUGAUCCCUUCCUUGGCCCUCUUCUUCGCGCUCGCUCUCGCUCUCUCUGUCCCGUCUACCGUUUACCUCACCAGCUUCGCCUGCACCGAGAAGCUAAUGCGCUGCCUCUUCGUCCAACCGGAGAACGGCGGUGAGGGAAACGACAUGCUGGAAGAAGACAGAUCGGAGGAGACGAAAGAAGGAGAAGUGGCUGUUGCCGUGGGUGACGGAACGCUCGAGGAUGAGCGCCCUCCCGAAGAAGCGUCCGGAGAAGAGAAGAAGACUGCAGGAGUAGUAGAAACUGGCGAUGGUGUUGGAGGAGAUGAAGUUGACGAGCGAAGAAUGGAACGAGCUGCAUCUGAUGAUGCGCAUAAUGGGGACGAAGACGGUAAUGGCGAGGUGGAAGUGGAAAGAGAAGUAGCAGAUAAAAGUUUGUAUUGUAAUAGUGAAUGA